CACUCAUUAAGGUCAUGGCCGGUAAUACUUAGCACGCACCCUUCGUGACCUGACAUGACAACGACAGGGACGUCUGUCAAUCCCUCACCUGACUGAAACAUAUAAAACAGCUGAGAAUUUAUAAAAUAGAUACAAGACAGAGUGACAAUGACUGACGCAUCAGGGACCACAAAAACACAAGCCACGGAUAAAGAGGCCGAGGAGAGCAAUGUGUCGAAGAAAGACAAACUGUCGCAGAAGGAGAAGGAGAUACCUGUCGUACACGAUCAGGGAUUCUUCCAGCAUAGCACUGGAGACACAUAUGAUGGAUACUUCGAAGCCAAGAAAAAGGAUCAUGCUCUUAAAAUGCAUGGGUUUGGCGUUUAUACGACAGCUGAAGGUGACCGGUACGAGGGACACUGGGAUCAAGAUAGAUUCGGCUGGAAUGACGAGGUUGUAAUAUCAUACAUCGAAGGUGCAAAAUACGAAGGAACCGUCAAAGAUUGGUCUUAUUCCGGAAAGGGUAAAUAUACCUAUCCCGAUGGAAGUCAUCUGCAAUGUGAAUUUGCAGACAAUUGUCCAACAGGCAGCCUGCGGUUGACGGAUCCUAAUGGACAUCUAUGGCUGGGUAAGGCUGAACUAGGAUUCGCAUGGUUCGAACCUGUUAAUCACUUUUAUGAUUUCUUGGAGACGACUAGUGCAACCAGAAAGCGCCGUAAGUUGCAUGCAUCGUCGUCACAAAUGUCCAAGAAAUCUUUGCGUAGUAGAAGUAGUAGACAAAGGUUGGCUGCUAGUCAUUCAAAUCCAAAAAUUAAACGUUAAGAGACAGCAGAUUUGUCCGACAUGAUCGAGUUAUUUCCAUUUGAUAUUACCUAAAUACUGUUAUUUAUUUUGUUGAUAAUAUAUAUUUUCAUAUAUCCGUUA